CACAACAAAGCAUCCCACUACCAAAUAAACGAUGUCUACAGAUUCACAAGAUCAUUCUAGUCAUUCUGAUGAGUCCAUCAAUAGUGAGAAGAUUGAAGAGAUGAUGUGGGAAGAAUUUAAUGAUCCUAUUGAGGCUCAACUUGAAGGUCAACUUGAAGAGAAGCUGCUGGCUCACCUAAGUGGUACCUCCAACCAUCGUGGGGGCUAUACACGCAGGUACAUCAAUAGAGAUCAUGAAGGUGACCACGACAGAUUGUUUGCUAAGUAUUUCUCAAGCAAUCCUUUAUACAAUGAUGAUCAGUUUCGUAGAAGAUUUCGCAUGAGAAAGCAUCUAUUUUUGCGCAUUGUAGAUGCUCUUGGGGUUUGGUCUCCAUAUUUUCGUCUUAGGCAAGAUGCAUUUGGCAAGGUGGGUCUAUCACCAUUGCAGAAAUGCACUGCUGCCAUCCGAAUGUUGGCAUAUGGUACCCCAGCUGAUCUUAUGGAUGAAUCAUUUGGGGUAGCAGAAAGCACAGCAAUGGAGUGCAUGAUCAACUUUGUUCAAGGUGUGAGGCACUUAUUUGGUCAGCAAUAUCUGCGUAGGCCUACCGAAGAAGAUAUUCAACGUUUACUUCAUUUCGGUGAGGCGCAUGGAUUUCCUGGAAUGUUGGGUAGUGUUGAUUGCAUGCACUGGGAAUGGCAAAAUUGCCCGGUUGCAUGGAAGGGGCAAUUUACACGUGGUGAUUAUGGAGUACCCACAAUCAUGCUUGAAGCAGUUGCAUCUCUGGACUUGUGGAUUUGGCAUGCAUUUUUUGGGGCUGCUGGCUCAAACAAUGAUAUCAAUGUACUGGAUCAGUCUCCAUUAUUCACUGAUGUGCUACAAGGAAGAGCACCACCUGUUGAGUUUACGGUUAAUGGAAGACAAUAUAACAUGGGAUACUACCUAGCUGACGGUAUCUAUCCAGAGUGGGCAGUAUUUGCCAAAUCAAUCACCAGACCCCAAAGUGAAAAGCAUAAAUUAUAUGCACAGCGUCAAGAAUCAGCAAGGAAAGAUGUCGAACGGGCUUUUGGUGUUUUGCAGAAACGUUGGGCCAUCAUACGUCACCCAGCACGUCUUUGGGAAAGGAAAGAGCUUGCAGAUAUAAUGUAUGCAUGUGUUAUUUUACACAAUAUGAUAGUUGAGGAUGAGAGAGAUUCCUAUAACAUCCCAGAUGAGAACACAUAUGAGCAAGGCCAAUUUUCUGCCCAAAUAACAGGGCUUGACCAGGGCCCAAUCUAUGGAUUUGCAGAGGUCCUAGAGAAAAAUAGGACCCUUCGUGACCGAGUAGGACAUCGGCGUCUCAAGGAAGAUUUAAUAGAGCACAUAUGGCAGAAAUUUAGUGGCCAGCGACAACAAGAUUAGACUGUACUAGCUUCAGAUCCACCAUGUACUCUACUUGUUAUUGUAAUUCAAUGUAUUAAUUUAUCACCAGCUAGUUUCAAAUUUGAUGUUUCUUUCAGUACACUUGUACCAGAGGUGUAGUAGCAGCAGUCGUAGAUUACAUGCACAUACUAGUACUUUAUGGCUGAACUACUAAAAUUAGCAAAUGGGCAGGCGUCGAGA